AUGAAUGAGAAUUGGAUCAAAAAGGAAAAGUAUCAAACUGAGAAGCUCUUGGAGUUGAUUACUACUGAGGAACAUAUUAUGAGGCAAAGAGCUAAGGUAAGUUGGAUUAGGCUUGGAGAUGGCAACAAUGCCUAUUUCCAUGCUUCUGUUAAGAGUAAACAAAGUAAGAUGCACAUCCAAAAGUUAUGUAAAGAAGACGGGACUGUUGUCACUAGCUAUGAGGAUAUAACUCAGGAGGUGCUCCAAUUUUAUGGCAGGCUGAUGGGUAUAGCUCAACAUAAUCUUGAGGCUGUGGACAUCAGGGCUCUAAGAAAAGGGAAGAAAUUGUCUAGCAAUCAAAGGAAUAUGCUGAUUGAUCAUGUGACUGUGGCUGAGAUUAGAGAUGCUUUGAAUAGUAUUGAGGAUCUAAAAGCUCCAGGGGUGGAUGGUUACAAUUCGAAAUUCUUUAAAGCCUCUUAG